CUUCACUGCCGCAGUGUAAAAUGUUUCGCAGUGCAGAGAUUACAGAGCUUACAGACUACAGUUUUUUUUGUCAUUCCACACAAGAGACAUCAUCCUUACACACAGCACGAAAUCGAUGUGUUUUCCCGCCCUCUUUUGAUUGACAGGAUACAAUCGGCCCCGAUCAUCGGAUGGUUUUAAACUAUCAGCCGAUACCGAUCGUCAGUGAUACGUUGGUGCAUCUCUAGUAAUGACGUAGCGAAGCCGCGUUUGCUGAAAUCACGUGAAUCGCCCGAUUUGACACACGCGCCGAACCACUGAUUCGAAACGAAAGAUUCGCGAAGGUCUCGAAGCUUCAUGAAGCAGUGUUUUGAACCCGCCCACCACUAACAGACAGUGCACAGGGUAAAGAGGGCAGAAAAGCAACCAAGAGCCAAAGAGAACUCUCGGUAUAAUCCUACCACCACCGUGCUUUACUGUGAAUACAUAUGCGAUGAACUGUACCGUACAUUAUUAAACGGUCCGUGUUUUUAGGUAGGAGGUACACUUACAUAACUGGCUAACGAGUGUUGUAUGUCGGCUUGACUCAAAGAUUGCAUUUCAUUUAACUAGGAGUUUCUGAGGUUUCACGAAUGCUUGCGUCAUAAAUUGAGGUAGUUGUCGUUUGGUGGAUAGAUGCAUAAUCGAGUAGGUAAUAAGCUCGAUUAGACAUAGUUACGCUGAAAUAUAUGCGAACACUGAGACUUGGGUGUGCAGUGUGUAGAACAUUGGGUGUAGUCUGAAUGUGAAACAAACAGACACAGAAAAAUAAAGUGGGAGAGUGAGUGUUGCAACCACACCUAUCAUGCCCUAAGCUCAAAGAGACCAGUUCAGACAGGGAGCUCUGCAGUGUAGGGUAACAAAACACACACACACACACACACACGGCUUACGGUUGUCAUACCUACAGAGUGUUGCGCAAUUCUUACUGGAAUUUGGCAGCAAGGUGUAGAGUUGGUUACAAACAAUGGAUUCGAGACGUUUUUCAGCAAGUUACUGCAUCGUUUAAAUGUCGUAAAAUGGCUGUGUUCAGUGAUGCGUGUUUUACGAAGGCUCGCAUGCUUUCCGUUGACAUGCUGAAACACAGAUGCUUUAAACUCCGAGAACAGGUUUGUGUGUGGUUCCAUGAUGACAGGUAUGCAUGAGCAUUUUGAUCCCUUGCUCUAUUUUUACAUAAGAUCCAGGUUUACUGAAAACCCGUAGACGUUAAAUACACAUCGAAGUCAAUAAAAAUACCCGUCGACGAUAACACAACCAGCAUGUGUUGAAUAUUGAAGUGUGUGUUAAAGAAUGCUGAUUUACAGGUAAUGUGGAUAGGCGUGAGAGGGUGUGUGCACAGGUUUGUGUACGUUACAGCCGAACCGCCACCGGAGGAAUUGAUUUAGUCAGAUGAAAAGAAUGAAACGGGAGGAGCAGGAGGGGGGGAAAAGCACCCAAGCUCUUAAUGCGUAGGCAAGAGAGCAGGAGCAGAGUGUAGAGAGUGGGAGGGAGAGGAAGAGGGGGUGACUUGCAGGAUCUUGUCGAGUGUAAGUACUGCUUCAGCGCUGUCAUUUACAGCCACUGCCAGACUGCAGUGGAGAGUGUUUUGGCCAUGCUGUGUGCAGCACGGAGGAGCAAUGUGUGUGGGCUUGCAGCGCUGAUCGUGGGUCUGCUCUCUCUGGCUCACAUCAUCACAGCUUCAGAGCGGCUCGAGUGUGAGGAGAGCUUCUACAGAAACACCCCGCCACAGCGGGUCACCGAGUCGGGCCUGGAGAGGAGAUGCCACAGCCUGGGAGCUGGGCGCACUUUUGUUUCACUCUAUCACCCUGGACGCCAGUCUGAUGUCUAUACGGCUCUGCACCUAGGCCCGCACAACGCAUGGGGCGAAGGAACAGCCGAGGAGUUGGACAAACCAAGCGAGACAGAAGUCCUCGGAGAAGAGUCCCGUGUACACGUUCCGGCUUUGUACAAUAAGGACCGGGAUGUCGCUUCAUCACACUCGGCGUCCCCUUUGCACAAAGUGGAUGCUCUUACUGCAGGGCUGGUAGAGAGCAGGACCGUGCCACAGUGCUCUAAUGCAGGGGGGGUCGUGUAUGUUCAGAGCGGCGUAGGGGGUCUGAGCGAGACGAAGGCAGAUGUGCUGUGGUCGGCAGUGUGCUGUGACGUUCCUGAUGGACUCGGCAGCUUCGGUAUGGGAGUGGUCCAGGAAGGUGAAGGGGAGCUGAAGCUGAUGAGCGUGACGGAGCUGGAGGAACUGCUUGACGUUAAGGAGCUUUUCUCUGGUGGGUGUGGAGAGACAGGAAGUCUGGAAGAUGAGGCACUGGAAAUCACUGAAGUUCCUGAAGAAGACGUACACACAGCCGAGACAGACAAAAGCAGUGACGAGGACGAGGUGCCCAGCACGACAGCAGAUAGAACUGAGUCUGAGCCCAGCCUGGAUGAAAGCGUUACCGAAACAGAAAGCUCCGAGUCCCAAGAGAACAGUACUGUCCUCUAUGUCCUGUCCUCUAUCGUCUCUCUCCUGUACGCUCCACUCUCUCCAGCGGUCUCCACCCUCACCAACCUCCCCUCUCAAAUCGGCUACGUCUUACAAGAGGACGCAGCCGUGCUAGCGUCGCUGCCCAGCGACAGCUUCAGCUUGGUUCAGAACCUGGGCUCUGGUGUAGUCUCGGGUGUUGAGAAUGUAGGCAGCGUAGCAUACCAAGUGGGCGAGCAUGGUGUGUGCUCACUGUACACAUUGAUAAGUACGUUAACAGGCGCUUUGUUGCUUUCAUGCCAGGAGGGACUGGCAGGUACAGGAACGCUAAUGAGUGACGCUCUGGGGCUGGUGAUCGGUGCACUGGGUGAGGUCUGGGACCUCGGCAUGGAGGUAGUAGAGUGCACGUUCCAGGGGCUUGGUGGGUACAUGGGUGCGGUGGGCUCAGAGGCGGGCAAGCAGGGCUGGUCAUUCGGCCAAGGGAUAGGCACGCUAGUCUGGAGGGGACAGAGGGGACUUGGGCACGUGAUUAAUACGGUGGUGGGAAUUAUUGGGGGAGUGUUGGGAAACACGGCGGAAAACAUACAGGAAGCUUUCAUUGGGGAGUGAGACAGCGGGAGGUGUUUUUUUUUUUUUUGUGCAUGAGUGCAUGGAUCUGGCGCAGGCUUAUUUAUACUGUAUUACAUCAUUGUCAGUGCUUGUUUGCUGCUAAAAUGCAGUCUACACCAAAACGCGUACGUGAAUCGGAAUUAGGUUUAUUUAUGACGCACAAUUCAGCUCUUACAUCAAAAGAUUGGCGACUGACAUGAAGAUCUUUGUAUGGAUCUGAGGUCUUAGUAAUUCAUCUUUUACACUCUGUAAAGUUGCUGUAGCUUUGGUGUGUUCAGUCGACUGGGAAAAAAAGUGGAAAGUUAAAUGGUAAUUACAGAACGGAAGGGAUAAUGCGAAUGUUUUUGAUGUAAAUUGAAAUGUGAGUGGUAUCGUAGGGACCAUGAUAUGAGCUCUCGUACAGUACAAUACAAUGCAGUUCAGUCUCUUCCCUCUUCCCCAUUAAUACUUUUCCCAGCUUUGCCUUGGUGAAAUAUUUGCACAAGUGCCACUUGUUGUUAAACAAGAAUAUCAGAACGUUCUGAAUCUGAAUCAGUAACAAUGUAAACUUGGUGUUGAGUGUCAGUCAGGUGUUUGUGCCCAAUCAACAUCUCCUCAGUGAAACUGAGAAACAUGCACCAAAUCCAACACGGAAUAAAGGAUUGUUCACAGA